CCUCCCGCCAAAUCGCGCUGUAGCUCUUCGGGUCAGCGUGUACGAAAAUUUCGCGGCGAUUUUUUGCAAAUUCGAAAAUUUUCGGUAAAGUGCUGUGGAAAAAGAUGACGACUCUUCCAUUUUCAUUCCAAAUUCAGGAGAAAUUCGAGAAAUUAUCUUUUCGUUACGGGACCCAAAUAUCAGAGGACAGUGCCAUUUCAUCAUGUUCAACACCUUCAACUCCAACCAGUCCUAUUGACUUCGAAAUUAAAAUAGCCACUCUUGAUGAUAAGGAGGCAGUUCAGGAAUUCCUGCAGAAGUUUUUCUACAAAGACGAGCCGCUGAAUUCCUUCAUGGAAAUUAUCACUGACGAACAUCCAAGAUGCUAUGACCUUGAACGAUUUACUUUGAAAAAUUUGGAUAACGGCGUAAACCUGUUGGCGGUGCAGAAUCAAAAGAUAAUAGGAGUUUGCUUAAAUGGUAAUCAGGUUUCACUUUCAGAUGUAAUCGAGAGAGGAGUCAUAGAGGAAGACUUUAUUUGUGACGAUGAAAAAUUUGGCAAAAUUGUCAAAUUACUGGAGCAUGUAGCUGUCGAAUCUGAUCCAUUCCAGAUUUAUCCCGGAAUCGACAUGGCUAUGGUGGUUAAAAUAUUAUCAGUCGACGGUUCUUAUAGAGGAAAAGGAAUUGCCAAAGAUCUUAUGGCAAAAACCAGAGAACUAGCUAGACUAAAAGGGUGCGGCUUCAUAACUGUAGACUGUACCAGCCACUACACUGCAUGUGCUGCUAAAAAGCUGGGAUUUGAACUGCAUUAUACUCUCAACUACGCCGACUACAAAGUGGCCGAUAAAGUGGUUUUCAAACCAGAACCACCCCACAAAGCCUUGACAGUAUACACUCAGAAGAUUUUUUAAACAUUCGUUGCAAAAAAAUUUAUUGGCCUACAAUAUUUAGUUACCAAAUUACCAGUGAGAUUCUAGAAUAUGUGUAAAUUAAACAGAUAAAUCUAACUUAUAUACGAGUAGAUGUUUAAAUUUAUAUGUGACAAUAUCUUCGUAUUACUAUGUCAUCCAUUAAAAGAAAUCAUUUUUUACGUGAAGAUGCUUGAUUUUGCAGACAAGAAUAUUGUAUUUUUUUGAAAUUAUAGUUUUUUUUAACAUAUGUGAUUUAUAUUGAUUAUUAUGUUUACUGAACUGUUUGACUAUUUAUAAUGAAAUAAAUAACAGAUUUGACGUUUACAAAUAACAAAUUCUAUAAGAAGUUAUUAAAAUCAAAAAUCCACGAGGAAAUUCAAUUCCAGUAGCUGGCUGUAUGCCAUAAAUCACAAAAAAGAAUUAAAUUCCUUUGUAAAAGGUAUAUGUAUUUAUAAAAGUCCCUAAAAAGGGCUACAUCACAGAAAAUUUUAGGAAUAACAAUUUCGUCAUCAGAGCUUAUUAUAUUUUAAAGAACCUACAUGCCUGAGCCACCAAGAUAUGUGGAUAAAAACCCUUUAGAUAUUACAUAUAUAGUUUUAAAUUUUUUACAGUAUAGUAUUAAAAUAAUUGUGAUGUUUAAAAUAUUCCUGUAUUUAACAUCAGGACCUAAAAUUCAAUAAACCUGGGACCUUAAAUGAAAUAAUCCCUUGUUUGGGUAAUUUCGCCCCUCCAACAAUAUCACCACGCUGAGCUUAGAUAUUAUCUUAUCUUAUCUCUUAGAUACCUGGUACUACUAUAAUACUCAACUAUAAAAAUCUCAACAUUACUGUUUGAUUUACACAAAUUAUAGAAUUUUCUUAUUGAAUUCAGGCAUGAUAUUAAAAUGGAAUUAUUUCAAGGACAAUAAAAUAUGUAUAUACCUAAUUACAGAUACAUAUACCUACUCUAUAUAUAAUAUACAGAGACAUAAUGGACUACCCAAAAGUAAGCUUCGCGAUUUUUAUGUCACAUGUAUCUUUGUUUUUGUCAUCGUAUUACUUAUAAUAUUAUAAAUAUUUCGUUUCAUAGGUCAUCGUUGAGAUUUCCGUCCGGCAUCUUUAACUUUAGAUUUCGUAACUAUGGAUUUUUACGGGGUUGGGUAGUUAACCCAACGCCAAAACCCCUUGUCGGAGGGCCAUUUCACCCGCUCUCGUCGGUUCCCGACCCAACUUUCCACCCGGGGUUGGAUACCGGAUCUCCAGAUUGGAUUGCUCGGUUAACAGGAGCACCAACGUGAAGGUGAGAGUCGGAUUUGAGUAGAAGUGGAGUAAACUGUAAUCAACUCCAUGUUUUCGCAUUCUACCCCUUUAUCCCCCAUAUAUACAAAACCCAUAUACAUAAACCAAACUUAACCAAAAUAACCAUAUUAUACAGCCAGUGUUGACAUAUGGUUCGGAGACAUGGACCAUCUCCAAGACAGAUGGAAACCUUCUGCUUAUAUUUGAACGAAGGAUCCUGAGAGGAAUAUUCGGUGGCAUCUGUGAAAAUGGUCUUUGGAGUUUAUCUAUACAACUACGAGGUAUACCACAGAUAUAAACAUAUAUUUGGUGGUAGAGAUCACAGCAUAACAACCCUCCUAGAAGAAUCCUUGUCACAACCCGUGGGAAGUAGAAAUAGGCGAGUAGGGAAGUAGAAAUGUGGGUAGGCCAAAACUCAGAUGGAAGGAUGGUGUAGAUGAGGAUGGGAGAAAAAUAGACGCAGCAAACUGGCAACGGUUGGCAAUAGAUAUGACUGACUGGCGUAAUAGACUUAGGAAGGUCGAGGCUCUUUAUGAAAGGAUAUCUGCUUCUUCAAGUGCCAUCUCCGCGAUGGAGGUUGGCAAUCAUCAUAACUAUUCGUACUCUAGAGAAGGCUGCUAUUCAAAUGUUAUUUUAUGUACAUCCAUACCAUUCUCUCCAGUUGCGCAGCCAUGAUAUUCUAUAUCUCCCCAUGCUUCACUUUCCUUGGAUAUUUACUUGAAUAAUCAUGCAGUUGGGGCAAGUUGUAAUCUCUCUACGUGUACCUAUCUACCUAAUAUGUCUGAGAUUACUCCAAUUUUCUUAUUUUGAUUUUAUCCAAGAUUCAAGAUUUUUAUUUUUUUAUUCGUAAUUUUCAGAACCUCUUUGUGUGACGUGUUCUGUAGAGAUAUAGGAACAAAAAUUACUUCCGUAUCAGCCACUGGAUGUGUUCUCCUUGUAACUCUUAUGCAUGCACAUUGUAGUGUUUUAAGCCACAUUAAAUUGUUUCUAUCCUCCUUUAUUUUCCAAUAAACUGUUCUCCCAUCUGGUAUGACACGUUUAAGGUUGGCUUUCCUUUUGGUUUAAUGGGAUCAAGCUGGUAUUAGUGGGGUUGGUCGUAAGUCCUAUCUUUUUUCACUUCGUUUUUGUAUAAUUCUGUGUGACAUUUUUUAGCAUAAUACCACGAGGUUCGUCAAAUAUCACGAAAGUUAAUGUACUACUAAUCUCUACAGAAGUGGGAACGCUACUUUCCCUUAUGGCUAGCUUCUGAUCAUGGAUAUGGAAGAGAGGAGGAGCUGUCGUGCCCUAUUUUCAUCUACACCAUUCGUGUUCGAAGUAGCUGUGCCAUCCACUUGGAUCGCACAGUAUUUAUCUACCUUUUAUAUAGUUCUCUUAUGAAUGUGAGUUAUUGUCAAAUGCUCGUUGUAUAUCUAGAAUUACGUACACCAUUAUUUGUUUUAUAUUCAAAGUAUUCUCUAUUUCGCUUAUAAUUAUAUCAAUGUCGUUUCUAUCAACUUUCUUUCUUUCAUAUCUCACGUACUUAUCCACAGCUUCUUCGGUUAUUUUUAAGAUAAAUGAUGUGAUACUGAUAAGUUUUUGAAUGUGUUGCGUCCUUUUUCUUGUUCUUCAUUUAGUGCCGACUCCACUAAUGAAGGUUGGUUAUAACCAUUGCAAAUUCAUCACUAUCUUCUGCUUUUCUUAAAGGCGUCUGUAUUUGUCGCCUACCAGGACCUCUUUUCCUUCGAUUUUACCCUUCAUAAUCAGCUGCAACAACUCAUACUUAUCAUUUCUAAGUAUGUGCCGCAAAUAUUCUGUCUGUCGCCUUUUAAUGGUGGUCAAAAGUUCUCUCUCUUCCCAUUAUGUGCAACACCAUUUUGUUCGUAAUAUGUUCGUAAUAUGAUCGGUCCAUGGUAUUUUCAAAAUUCUCCUAAAAAGCCACAUUUCAAAAGCUUCCAGCUUUCUCAUUGAAUCAACAUUAACAGUCCAGGCUUCGACGCCGUAAAAAAGAAUAGAGUGGAUAUAACAUUUUACCAUCCGAUAUCGGAUUUUCAGAUUGAGUCUCUGGUUACUCAGAAAUUUCUUCAUAUUCAAAAAGGCUGCUCUUGAUUGCUCUAUUCUUGAUCGAAUUUCUGAUUUCGGAUUUAGAUCUUCCGUAAUCCGAUUCCUAAGUAUUUAAUUUUGUCCACUUUUUCAAUAUCUUCAUUUUUUAUCUUAGCCCGAUCAAAGAACAAUCUGACCCCCAAAAAAAUAAAGGAUGGAUGAAAAUUUGGAAAUAGGUAGUUGAAAUUGUCUAUUAUUAUAUAAGAAAAAGUUUACAAUUCUACAUCCCCUCCAUUUUUCAAAAAUAGAAGAAAAUACCCCCUCUCGAAGGUGAAAAAUAUGCAUUCAAAAUAAGUCCGGAAUUGGAUAAAAUGACUAAUUCUAAGUAACCUUUGUUCUAUAGAGUUUUUUCCCUAAGUCAAUACUUUUCGAGUUAUUUGCAAGUGAAUAUGUUCAUUUUUAACAGAAAGAAACAUGUUUUGGACGGUUUUUCGGAGAUAACUCAAAAAGUAAGUAUUUCAGCAAAAAAAUAUUCUUAGCAAAAAUAUAGCUUAUAAAAAACUGAAAAAAAAUGUAAAAAUAGAAAAAUAGACGGUUUCGUUUUGAUUUAAAUCUGUCUCCUGCCAUCCCCGAUAGCGCUAAUUCUACUAAUUUCUAAAAUAUUUCUGACUACAGGUAGACCUAGAAAUAGCGCUAUCGGGGGAUGACAGGAGACAGAUUUAAAUCAAAACGAAACGAAAAAUAUAGGUUCUCCGAGCCGCAUUUUUGGAAUAUUUUCCUAGCGGUGCCUUUUGAUAUUUUCAUAUCUGGGUUAACAGAAAACUUAAAUCGAGUCGACAUUCAUUUCACUGAAAAAAAAAAGGUGUAUGUUUGAGGCCUGUAGACCCAGUAAAAGCAGAGUUGUAGAUAAUGAAAAGUAGGUUCUUCUUCAUAAAAUUCCAAAUCGAAUAUUCCAAUGUGAAAUAACCCAAAACGGAGCACUUUUCGGGGAAAUUCAUUUCAACUUUUUUAAAGUGUUUAAAAAAAGGAUUAUUUUUGUUUUUAAAAAAACUUGUAACAUUAAAAAUAAGCGAGUUACGCUCAAAAUAUUGUUGGCCCCUUCUAUUUUUUGGUAAAAAAAUCUCGAAAAUCACCCCCUAAUUAGCAUCACAAAUAAAUUUUACCAUUACCACUUUACAAGUUACUUUGCUUAUGUAUUAUUUAUAUGAUCUGUAGUUUUCAUCGGUUCAAAGUGCUUAUUUUUGAAAAAGCUGUAGUUAAAAUAGCUUAAACGAGUAACUAAUCACGAGUUUAGGCAAAUUUUGAACAGCCAUAACAUAAUCAAUUUUAGUAUAACAAGAAAACAAAAAAGGAAAAAUAUUCAUAAAAGCAAAACGUACACUUUAUUACUCUUUAAGAUUUUUGGUAUUACUAAUAAUUUUUAAGUUAAUUCCAUGAACAAUUCCAUUUUUUUUUCAAAAUUAAAAAAAAUGUUUUAUUUUAAACCCAUUUUUUUUUCAAAACGGAGCACUUUGAACCAAUAAAACUUAUAGAUAAUAUAAACGAUGCACAAGUAAAGUAACUUGUGAAGCGGUUACGAUUAAUUUUAUUUGGGAAGCUAAUUAGGGGGUGAUUUUCGCGAUUUUUGUACCAAAAAAUAAAAGGGACCAACAAUAUUUUGAGCGUAACUCACUUAUUUUUAAUUUUAGAGAUUUUUUUAAAAAACAAAAAUAAACCUUUUUAAAACACUUUAAAAAAGUUUUAAUGAAUUUUCCCCGAAAAAUGCUCUGUUUUUUGGUUAUUUCACAUUAAAAUAUUCGAUUUGGAAUUUGACGAAGAAGAACAUACUUUUCAUUAGCUACAACUCUGCUUAUACUGGGUACUCACGCGUACACCAUUUUUUUUUCAAUUUUUUAUAAGCUAUAUUUUUACUAAGAAUAUUAUUUUCGCUGGAGUACUUACUUUUUGAGUUAUCAAUUUUAAUUGGUAAAAUCAAAUUGAAUUCAAUUGAAGCUUUCUUUGUGAAUUUUAUUAAAAACCCUAUAGUCCAAGUAAUGAAGCUUAAAAUAGGACAAAACCUCGCAAUUUUUACAGAAUUGAUUGAUUUACUUGAAAAUUUGAGAAUAAGUAGUGGAUAGUCCGUAGAUCAAAAUCUAUAUGAUGCCGACAUGCGCUUUUACCAUGGGGGUGGUUGCCACCCCAUGUCGGGGGUGGAAAUUUUUUAUUAUAUUUUGACCGCAAAAGUUGGUAAAACAUUCAUUAUAAGCAAAAAACGUUCUAUAUAUUUUUUUGAUAAAAUUAGUAGUUUUCGAUUUAUUCGCUAUCGACAGUGUUAGUUUUAUAUCGAAAAAAUCAGUGUUUUUAAUCAGUUUUUUGCUAAUAACUCAAAAAAUGUUCGUUUUAUCAAAACAACUUUGCUUGACAAAAAUGUAUCUUUUGAAAAAAUAAACAAAAUAGUUUUUUUUUUUAAUUUUUUUAAGACCAAUAGUAAUCGAGCUGUAGUUUAUUAUAUGUUAGCUUGUCUUCGUCAAAUGCUAAAUAUUGUAGUUUAAAACUCAAAAGACUGGAAAACUGUGCAUUUUUCGAGGAUAACUUGUUCAAACUAAUUUAAAGUAUUUAAAAAUAUCUAUCUACAGAAAUAAAAAUAAAGUCUCUAGCUCAAAAAUUAAGUGACUUAUUAUGAAAAGAAUGUCAGUCUCUAUUUUUUUCAGCGAAAAAGUGAUCGGAAACUUCUCCCUACUUACCACCCUAAUUGAAAUUAGUCAUUGACCUUAUUUGGUCUUCUAUAUUUAUAUUUAUGUAUCAUUAAUAGGUUCUAGACUAUUCUAGAGGUUUGACCGGCUUAGAAUGAUUAGCUUUUAAUAAAAUGGAUUUAAAAGCGAAUAACGAAUUUUUGUAGUUUGGUAAGAAAUGCUUUUUUCUUCAGAAUAGAAAGAUUAGCGUCAGAGAUACAAAAAAAUAUCUAAAUCUAAAAUUGUCGCUUAUUUAAUUCCCAAGAACGGGGUUAGCAAACAUUUUUUCCAUGGCAAAAACUGAGUGAGCUAUUGACAAUUAAAUCUUGUAAUAACAGGCAAAAACCACCUAUACCAACCCUUUUACAGUCACCUCUAUUUGUGACUGUGGAUUUUAAAAGGAUUUAAUAUUAACAGCGCCUUAUGGAUCUUGUAGAAACCUACAAAAUUCUUUUUUGUCAAACUUUCUAGGAUAAAAAAGAAAAAAGUUACGGUUAAAAAAUCAAUAUAUUUUUUUGAAAAAAAAAAGAGAAAUCCAAUUGUAAGCUUAAUAAUGUAAGUUGGCGGUGUUUUUAGUCAUUGGCCUUACCUAUUCAUUCAUACUUCUUUAUUUAUUUAUUAGUAAUAUAUUCCAGAAGUUUGACUGUCUUAGAAUGAUUAGUUUUAAAAAAAAACUGGAGUUAAAAGCGAAUAACGAAUUUUUGUAGUUUGGUAAAAAAUGCCAUUUUCUUCAGAAUAGAAAUAUUAGCAUCAGAGAUACGAAAAAAUGUUUGAAUAUGAAAUUGUAGGUUAUUUAAUUCCAAAGAACUUGGUUUGAAAAAAAUUUUUCUACGGUAAAAAUUGAGUGAAUCAUAAAUGAGUAUAAUAUCGAAAAACAUUGAUUUUUUCGAUAUAAAACUAACACUUUCGAUAGCGAAUAUACCGAAAAAUAUUAAUUUUAUCAAAAAAAUUUAUAGAGCAUUUUUUGCUUAAAAUGAAUGUUUUUAUAAACUUUUGCAGGUAAAAUAUAUUAAAAAAUUUCAACCCCCACAAUGGGGCGGCAACCACCCCCAUGGUAAAAGCGCCUUUCGACGUCAUAUAGAUUUUGUUCCUUGGACUAUCUACUAGUUAUUCUCAAAUUAUCAAGCAAAUCGAUCCAUUCUGUAAAAAUUGCGAGGUGAAAAUCUUCGGUUCCUGGACUACUAGGGAUGUUUAUUUUUAUAGAAUAAAAAGUAUUAAACCUCUUUUUUUAAAAGAUGUAAUUGAAAAUAAAAUUUUUAUUUUAUUUUUCCUCUUUUUUUAUUUCAUUAAAAUUUUACUAUUCUAACAUGUUUGCAAACUUUAACUCAGUUUUCCCAAAACAUCGUUUUUGCAGUUCGCCCUUACUCCUCCAAAUUCCUGAAAUAUUUUUCACCCCGUAUUUUCCAGUUUUUGUAAAAUGGAAGUAAUGUACAAUUGUAAACUUUUUCUUAUAUAAUAAUAGACAAUUUCAACUACCUAUUCUCAAAUUUUCGUUCUUCCUUUAUUUUUUUGGAGGUUUUCGUAAAAUUUGUUGUUCCCUGAUCGGGCUAUCUGGACAUUUUUCUAAACUUUGGAAAUGGUUGUAAGACCAGCUCUUCCUUACAUUAAUAAAUCUUUAUCUCUUAACCCACCUGUAGCAUCUAGUUUUGAUGAUUACUUAAUCCGUGUAAAAAUAGAGUACAGUAAUAAUUAUUGGAAUAUUAUAAUCUAAUGCUCUCUAAAGACCAUUCAUAACGUCUACGAACACAAUAAACAAGAAUAAACAAAAACUAAAUCGUGACUUGUAAAUUGAUCUUGAAAGCACCAACAUAAAAUGAUGUGUGCAUAUUCAUUAUGUGCAACGUAAGCUGUCAGCUUAUUUAUUGCUAUUUCAUAACGUUUGAUAAUAUAAUUAAAUCGAACUAGGCAUUUAUAUAUAGGGUGGCUCAAUUUUAAACGCUGAAAUGAGUUCUUAAACAAAUUAAUGUUUUAAUUCCGCAGGUAUCAAAUCUGAAUUCAAAAGCUGUUACUUUUAAUAUGUUACCAUUGAUUAAAAAAAACUACUUUUUUAUUAGCUGAAUUGAUUUGCUCAAUGCUGUAUCUUUGUUUUAAAAGGUAGAAUAUUUUUUAUGUGUAUAUUAAUUGGUUUAUAAAAAAUUAAAAAUAUAUGAAAGUGUUAUCGUGUGAUUUAAGUUUAAGUCAUGAAGAAUGACCAAAUAAGAAUUGCAAUUAAAGCAUAAAAAUGUCAACUAUGUGUGUAUACUGUAUAUCUAUACAGGGUGUUUAAUUAAUAAUUGGAAAUAUUUUCCUAUUACGGCAGAUUCCUGGGCUAAAAAUAUUACCAGAUAUUACUCUCAACCCAAUUCACCUAGUCCGAAAAUGCUUUCUAAUGAAGCUAGAGCUCCUUAAAGAUGGCGACUUGUAAUUAUUUUUUUAGAUACCUCCAGAACGCUUCUAUAUAUUUAGAAAAACUAAAACUAGUACGCUUAUUUAUCUUCCAGAUAUAAAUCGAUUCCAUCAAUUGCGAAUCUCUAGUACCGGUCAUUUUUUCAGGAAGGGGACGGUCAUUUUUCGCAUAACUUUUUUGUCGUUUAACUUUUAAACAUUUUUGACACUGGAUUAUUAAAUUAUGCGAUAUACUAGUGCCAAAAGAAAAAUCGAUUUGAAAAUCGAUUUGAAAUUAAAGACAAAAAGUUAUGCGAUACAAGUAAUCAUUGAGCUACAAAACGGACGCAUAUGACCGGUACUAGAAAUUCGCAAUGGAUGAGAUUAAUUCAUCUCUGGAAGAUAAAUAAACGUACCAGUUUUCGUUUUUCUAAAUAGUUUUUUUUUUAUUUUUUUCAAACUCAAGAAACGAAAAAUUUUCAAAUCGGUUUUUCUAGAAAAGGGUGUAUUCUACCUACUUAAAGCAAGCGUAGCUUUUAGUACUAUAGCACCUCAAAAUUUAAUAAUCCAAUGUCAAAAAAACUUAAAAGUUUACGACAAAAAAGUUAUGCGAUAAAAUAACCGUUUCCCUACCCAAAAUGGAUGCCUGUGACCGAUACUAGAAAUUCGCAAUUGAUGGAAUAUAUUUGUCUCCGGUAGAUAAAUAGGCGUAUCAGUUUUCGUUUUUCUAAAUAGAAGCAUUCUGGAAGUAUUUAAAAAAAGUAAUUACAAGACGCCUUCUUCAAAGAGCUCUAGGUCCCUUAAGAAGCAUUUUCGGACUAGGUGAAUUGGGUUAAACUCUAAUAUUUUAGUCUAGGAAGCUACAGUUCAAAUAUUUCAAAUUAUUAUUAAAACACCCUGUAUAUGUAGAGAUGUUUAUUGCACUUCAAAUGUAGAUACAUACGAGGUCUAACAAUUAAGUUCCCAGACUAUUGGUACCUAUACCUACUAAAUUUACAAUCAAGAUAUAGAAAUCAAGGUAGAAUACGUUAAAUACUACGAAGAGCACUCUAGAAUCAUAAUUUACAAUGUAUCUACAUUGUAAAUCCCAAAGCAUGAUUUCCAAAGUUUAUACAUUGUAAAUUAUGAUUCGGGAGUGGUCCUAGUAGCAUUUAACGUGUCUUGGUUGGUUUAUUUCAACUGCAUCUUGAUUGUAAAUUUAGUAUAUAUCUUUAUUUAGUAUGUUUUAUAAUUUUUAGCAUAUUUUAAAGGUAGUGGAAAGAUUCACGUAAGUCAAAGGGCUAUAUGGAGCGCCAGAUGUUGGGUGUCUCCCUGAGAGACCGAAUCCCAAAUGAAAAAUACGUCGUAGAACAAAAAUAACAGACGUUGUCGAAAGAAUUGAGUAGUUAAAGUGGAAUUGGCCAGGACACGUCGCCAUAUUGUCAGACAACCAAUGAACAAAACGUAUUGUCGACUGGAGGCCACGGGCCACAACAAGAAGCACUAGAUGGACCGACGAUCUAGAUCUAAAGCAUGUUAUCGGUAACUGGAUACAAGCUGCACAAGACAGAGACAGCUGGAAAAAGCUGAGGGAGACUUAUGUCCAGCAGUGGACGCAUACAGGUUGACGAUGAUAGCGUUUCAGGUGAGCUCAAAUGGUAGAAGACCGAGGUUAGAUCUCCAGCACCGGCGAAAACAUCUAGAUAUUUUCAAAAUGUCUAAAGACCCCAUGUGGAUUCUUAAUCCUGAGAUGCCUAGCCGUGACGAAUGUUGACAACCGUUUUUCAUUUAUUACGGUAUCGAGGUAGCUGUAAUGUAAUGCGUCACUCUUUCUGCUAGGAUUCGACUGUAGGCGUAACUUGAAUAAAAUUAGUACCUUGAGUAAAACUAGGGGUAAUAAUAUGCGAUUGAAUCAUAGCUCUGGCCCUGCUACCUUCCUUGUCUACCGUAGGCCCAAACAAUAGCAAACUACCCUGCUAUGCUUUCAAUCUGCACUAAUUAUAUAAUUUGUUUUCCUCCAAUAUAGGAACUCGUCUUCCUCAUCCCUAUAUCGCUCCAAGAGAAAGAGUACGAAGUAGUGCUUCCGGUGGUCAUCUUGCUACAGGCUAUUAAUUAUCUCUCAGGCUAUUAUCGAAAAAAAUAAUCAACAUGGGUUUGAAUUUUGGCUUUUGGAAUCUUCCACUGCAUGUAUUGCAGCAUGGUUUUAAACUCAUAUUAAAUAUACCUACCUACGUGUUCCUCGGAACUUAAUUGCCAGACCUCAUAUUUAUCAGAUGUUUCUAUGUUCAUCUUAUCUUCAAUAUCUUCCGUUUUCCUUAGUUUAGUUUACCAAUUGAUGUCUUUUGUUUAACAAAUUCUUCUUGCUUAGGAAUAAUCCAUCCCGGCUCUCUAUAUUUUUACUGUUGCUAAAAUUCCAUAUUUUAUCUUAACUUGUAGACCUACUAUUGAAGAAAUAUGUAUGUAGGUACUCAUAAGCAGCCCUAAAACAUCUACACCUACACAUUAUAGUCGUUUGUUUAAAUAUUAUGUACCACAAACUAUAAAAAAGAUACGAUGAGAGCACUGUAUAUCUUGAUAUGUGAAAACUUGGCAGCCAUACCUAUAUUUUCAGUUGAUUGACUUCAUGUAUUUUUGAACCAAUGUGGUAUCUAACAUUAUUAUUCGAAUUCCAAAUUAAAUCUUCCUGUUUGUGCUGUCUUCUAACAAUAUUAAUCCAUUCACAUAUUGCCUCAUCUGUCUUUCUCCAGCUCUUUAACUCUCCCCUUUCAGUGUCAGGGACUAGAUACGUUUGAGAGUAUUUUCAUAAUUUGGGAGAAUACUCUCUAAUAUUGGCAUCGAUAGUUGCUACAUCUGGACGUUUCCCAAUAUAUUUAAUUUUAAUUAGACCCUUCACUCAAGCAUUUAAGCAUUUUCGUUGUCAUUUCUGCAACUUGGUUCAUUUUUAUUUACUGUCAGGUUUAUGAAAAUAAUUCUAGUAUCAGGUAUUAUUAAAACUUGUAUCCUUAUAUAAAAUUACAUAAUAUUGUAGUUAAAAAUUUAUAUUUUUGCAAACAUUCAGAAAUGGUACUAAUAUUUUUAAAAAUUACUUAUAAAUUAAUGUAUAUUAUAUAAACAAUGUUUUAAAUGAAUCACUAUAUUGUAGCUGUUAGAACUUGUGAUUAGAAAUUAGACAGUCCAAGUCUAAGAAAUUAAAUGUGAUAAUUGUUUACCUUUUAUUAGACAAGUUAUUUUAUUUCAAUAAAUAUAAUUUUUACAAGAA